UUGCUGAACUAGUGAACGGAACCCAAUCGAGCGUGCAUAAAUGGAAAUCCCUUUGGCUUGAGACUACAUAGUACUGGUCAUUAACGCCCCCAUCCCAAUUCACUGCCUCUACCAGUUGUUUCCACCAUGAAGUACGCGCCGGCAUCACCGGAAGAACGACAAAAGUUCAAGUCCACAAUUGUGCCGAUGCUCCGCGAGGCCGUCAAGGUCGAGCUUUCGACUAUCCCGUUGUAUCUGUACUCAAUAUACAGUAUCAUUAAAGACGAUGGCAAAGCCGGCACCCAGGCGAGGCGGAAUAUGUCAAUCGUUGUUCACCAGGAGAUGUUACACCUGGCGCUCGCUGGAAAUCUCCUGACAUCAAUCGAGUCCGGGCCUCAACUCUACUCUGCUCAAUUCGUGCCAACCUACGGUGGUGAAGACGAUGUUAUUCUUCAUUCAAACAUACCACUCAGACUUGAACCCUGUGAAAAAAGCAACCUCGAAUGCUUUUUGAAGAUCGAAGCUCCUUACCAGCCGCCGCCAAAACUCACGUAUGACGAAGAGAGCGCUAACAUCGAUUUUCGUCUUCACGCUGCUCCAGACACGGAGCGUGCCCUCGAACAGUACAACAGCAUCGGAGAGUUCUAUACCGAGCUCGAAGACAUGAUCAAAAACUCUGGUCCGUUUAUUACUUUCAAGAACAAAGAUCUGCAGUUUGCGCCGACGGAAUUUUUCCCAACCAACAUGACUCAAGUGACCGACCAAGAGUCCGCCCACAACGCCUUAAAGGUCAUUAUCGAUCAAGGUGAAGGCAGUGUUGGGGUCGAGGAUGCACAUUAUCAAAUGUUCCUCGAUCUUUACAUGAAGCGCACCGAGUGGGAAUGUUACGCUGUUCCAUACUCGCCAACGAUCAAGACGUACAAGGAUAACAAGCUUGUGUAUGCGCUGGCGCUUGCAUCAAACGCAGCCUAUUGUUACCUGCUUGUCACGAUCCAGAAGACCUGGCAAGUUAGCGACGUUGUUCUUCGGCGCGCCCUCAUCCCCAACAUCCAUUCGAUCAUGGUCAACAUAAUGACACCCUUGGCCGAGUUCAUGGUUGAGGAACCCUUCGAGAAGGGAAAAGCUGCCCCCACAUUCCAAUUUUACCCGACCGAAGCCGGGGAAGAUCCGAGUAAGGUUGAUUAUGCAGCCGUAGAACUGCAGGAAGCGAUCAAACAGCGUCUUGAAGAAGCGAUCGAUUUGGUUCAUGACGCGAAGAAGAAGGAGGCACUGAGCGUCAUCAAAUUUUCUGUUGACCGCGUCCCUUGGCCUAUACCUAUACUUACAGAGUCGUAGUUGGAGUAUUGCAGUCGGAUUGGUGGUUUCAAUCGAUCCACAAAUAAGUUUUGUAGUUGCUACGCCUUGUAUAUGUAUUAUAAGUACACAAUGCACUGUUUUAUGACGUUCCAAA